AUGAAUGUCUUUGACUCCUUGGUUAUUAAAGGGGAGACAGUUGCAUCUUCCACCAAAGGAGAGAAAUAUUCCACCAUUAAAGUUUCUUCUUCUUCUUCCAUCAGCAACAAUUUCAGCAAAGACAUAGAUUGGAAUUUUGGUAGAAAAGGUCCAACUCAGCAUGAAGUUAUAUGUAAUUUUUGUGACAAAAGUAGCAAGGGUGGAAUAAUCCGGCAAAAACAACAUUUACUUGGUAUUGGAACAAAUUCUAAAGCUUGUAAAAGAUGUCCGGAAUCGGUUAAGGCGGAAAUAAGGGCCUAUAUGGAACAAAAUAAUGCGGUAAAAACUCAAAUGCGUUUCGAUACAUGUGUGACUGAUCAUAUGGAUGAUAGUGACGAUGAUAUGGAUGAAGUUGGUGAAAUAAGGCCUCGUCCCUCCAAAACUCAAAAGAGGAAAGGUCCUAUGAAUCUUUAUUAUCCACAGAAGCCAAAGGAAGGGGCAGGGCUCCCUUUUACUUGUGUCAAUGACAAAAGUUUUAAAAAAGUCAUUGACUAUAAAGGAGAAUAUGGCCCUAAUAUGAAGCCUCCAACCUAUCACGAAGUUAGAGUUACUUAUCUAAAAAAAGAGGUGCAGAAGGUGGACGACAUUGUUGAGGAGCAUAAAGUGCAAUGGAGCAAGUUUGGAUGUCCUAAUAUGAUGGAUAAGUGGUCAGCAUGGAAUAGAAAAAUGGUCAUCAAUGUUUUGAGGACUAUUGAGUCAAUUGGAAAGGAUAAUGUUAUACAAGUGGUUACCGAUAAUGCUAGUGAGAAUGUAAAAGCAGGUCACAUGAUGCAGGGCUCAUUCCCACAUAUUUAUUGGACUCCAUGUACUGCCCAUUGUAUCAAUUUGAUAUUUCGUGACAUUUUCAAGAUCAACCAGUAUGCUUCAGUUUUUAGCAAAACCACUAAGAUCUAUGCUUACAUCAGUCAAAGGCCAUUGCUAUUAAACUUGAUGAGGAAGUUUACAAAUGAAAGAAAUUUGUUUUUACAUGCAAAAGAAAAACUUAAGAAGCUAGUCACUUCAAAUGAAUGGAAACAAAGCAAACAUGCAAAGGAAAUUACGGGAAAAGAGGUUGCGAGGAAUCUUAUUUCUCCAUCAUUUUGGGAUGAUGUUUGUAAGGCACUUAAAGUUGGUAGUCCUUUGAUUAUCGUACUUCGUUUGGUGGAUGGGAAGAAAAAACCACCAAAGGGCUAUCUUUAUGAAGCUAUGGAUCUUUGCAAAGAAUCUAUUGCAAAGGCAUUUGGGGCUGAUGAGAGGAAGUAUGACAAAAAUGCAGCUGUUGAAACUUUAGAUGGAGAAGUGUGGGAUGACUACAUUUCAUGUCUUGAGAAGUUGGUCCCUGAUCCUAGAUUGAGAGAUAGAAUGUCGAUUGAGCUUGGUAAGUACAAACGAGUAGAUGGGACAUUUGGUAAGGAAUCUGCCAUUACAGCUAGAGACCGUUUGUCACUAGUCGAAUGGUGGUUGCAAUAUGGUAACCAUGUUCCAGUCUUGCAAAAGUUUGCUGUCAAAGUACUAAGCUUAACUUGUAGUGCAUCUGGAUGUGAAAGAAAUUGGAGCAUCUAUGAACAUAUUCACUCCAAGAAGAGGAAUAGACUUGAGCUAAAAUGUCUCAAUGAUCUAGUGUACAUUAAGUGCAAUAGAAGAUUUAAGCGUCGCUAUAAAGCUCGCGAUACCAUUGAUCCAAUUAGGUUGGAGAAUAUUGAGGAUGUAAAUGAAUGGGUAACUGGAGCACCCGAAGACCUUGCAGAAGAAGAGUUAGAAGAUGGUGGUCUCACUUGGGGUAUUGUUGCUUCGGCAAGUGGAUGUGAGGAGAGUAUUUAUGGUCUUAGGGCGAGUUGUUCAAUGAACAAGAAUAAAGGGGUGGCUUCUUCAACUUCAAGUUGA